CCCAUCCAUGUAUGAAAUAUGAGUUACAGUUGAAAAAUUGAUCAACAACAGCAAUUCACCAUGUCUCCCCCUUCUGCUCAUGCAGAGCAACAAGAGCCGGACGCCCACAACCACCUUCUGCACCAAACUUACGUGGAGCUGUAUCACCACGGCCUUCACCACAUCAAGUCCUCGGCGCUGCUGUGCGCCGUUGGACUAGGCAUCCCCGGCGCCAUCCGCGGCGGCGCAGCAACCAUCUCCGACCUCGUCACCGACACCGGUGUCCGCCCCGCCAAGCGCUCGCACCUCCGGCGGCUCAUGCGCAUGCUUACCUGCUUCGGCAUCUUCGGUGCCGCCAGCGAGCAGCGAGAAGGUUCCGCCGCCACCGAUGACGGUGAGAGUGAGACCGUGAUCUACACGCUGACGCCCGUGUCCAGCGUCCUCGUCGGCGACAAGGACGCAUCAGGCGCCGCCGCCGCCGCCUCGCCGUCGCUUGACAUGUCGGCACUGCUCCGCCUGGUGGCACGCCCGAGCACGUCCGUCUCCACUUUCUUCAGCUUGGAAGAGUGGUUCAGAGACGGCGGAGGCGCCACGACGCUGUUCGAGAUGGCACUUGGUGUGCCUCCAUGGACCUUGACCAAGAACGACGCCGCCUACAACAGAGCCAUGAACGAAGGCUGUGUCGCCGACACCAGCUUGGCUAUGGACGUCAUGCUGAAAGAUACCUGCAGAGGUGCCAGUAGUAUCUUCAGUGGGCUCACCUCGCUGGUCGAUGUUGGAGGGGGCCAUGGCGCAGCCGCUAUGGCCAUCGCUACGGCCUUUCCACACAUCAAGUGCAGUGUGCUAGACCUCGAACAAGUGAUCAUCAAGGUGCCAACUACUGAUCUUAUUCAUAGCACGGUGAAGUUCAUCGCCGGUGACAUGUUCGAGUCUAUUCCACCUGCAGAUGCUGUUUUCCUAAAGCAUGUUUUGCACUGUUGGGAUGAUGACCACUGUGUCAAGAUACUUAGACAGUGCAAGAGAGCGAUUCCCUCCAGAGAUGCUGGAGGUAAAGUGAUCAUUAUGAGUAUUGUGGUCGGCUAUGGAACACUCGACAAAGUUGUCAAGGAGACGCAAGUGCUGUUUGAUAUGUACAUGAUGCGAUAUGGUGGGUCUGAGCGAGAGGAGCACGAAUGGAGAAAAAUCUUUUCAAAAGCUGGAUUCAGUGAUUACAAGAUCACGCCCAUAUUAGGUUUUCAUUCAAUUAUUGAGGUUUUUCCAUGAAGAAGCUCAAUAAUAAUGGGCCGGGAAACUAUCUAUCUAUAUAUAUAGUUAAGUACUACAACGUCAAUAAGAGAUAAACAAUGAAUUGUGAUCACUAUGUUAUUCACGGUUGUUUGUAUCAUGCAUGGAAGUUCCAUAAAA